AUGGCAGCUCCAGCUGCUGACACGGAAAAGCGCGCUCCAACUCUAUCUGCACCUAGCAAUGGGGACUUUCCAGAUGGCGGUUUGCAGGCAUGGCUCGUCGUAGUAGGGGGUUUCUGUACUAUUUUUGCAAGCUUUGGCUGGAUCAACUGCAUAGGAAUCUUCCAAAACUACUAUCAAGCGAAUCUCCUCUCGCAUUACUCGUCGAGCGCUGUUGCGUGGAUCCCCUCCACAGAGUCAUUCAUGAUGUUCUUCUGGGGCCCAGUAGUGGGCAAAAUUACCGAUCAUUAUGGACCGCGGGUGCCCAUUCUCAUCGGGUCAUUCCUCCAUGUCUUUGGAUUGAUGAUGACGUCGAUUUCGAGGGAGUAUUAUCAGAUCUUCCUGGCUCAGUCGGUGUGUAGUGCCAUUGGCUGUAGCUUUGUAUUCUAUCCGGCCAUGACUGCAUGCUCAACUUGGUUUCUACGACACCGCGCCCUGGCCAUUGGUAUUAUGGCGUCCGGCUCCAGCAUCGGUGGUGUCGUGCUUCCCAUCAUGGUCAAUAGACUUGUAGUCCAGAUUGGUUUUGGCUGGACGAUGCGUGCGCUCGCGUUUUUGCUUCUCGGGAUGGUCAGCGUUGGCAUAUUGACGGUCAAGUCGCGGCUUCCUCCUCUGAAGCAACCUUUGGCGCUCAUGGACUUCAUAGUACCUUGGAAAGAGAUGCCAUUCUUGCUAUUGGGUAUAGGCUCGUGGUUCCUCUAUAUCGGUGGUUUCAUCCCGUUUACCUUCAUCAUCGUGCAAGCAAGAGCCCAAGGAAUGUCGACUGGCCUGGCAGGUUAUUUGGUAUCCAUCCUCAAUGGAGCCUCUACAUUCGGACGAAUUAUACCAGCGCACUUCGGAGACAUUAUUGGGGUAUUCAAUAUCAUGAUUGCACUCACCAGCCUAGGCGCAGUAUCAUGCAUUGCAUUGUGGCUGCCGAGCACGGUCAUGGAAUCAGGCCAAACAAAUGCAUUGAUCAUUAUUUUUACCAUCUUCUAUGGUUUUGCGUCGGGAUGUGUAUUCUCAAUCAUACCAGCCAUGAUUGCGAAGAUAUCUCCUGAUGUACGGAAAUUGGGCGUGCGAACGGGAAGUUUGUAUGCUGUGUCCGCGACUGGUGUUCUAAUAGGGAGUCCUAUUGCAGGUGCAAUCGCUUCUUCGAGUGGUAAUGGGUUUCUCGGCUUGACGUUGUUCUCGGGUCUGCUGUUGGUUGUUGGCGCGGUCUUUGUGGUUGCUGCAAGGUUGAAGUUGACCGGGCUGAAGCUCAUGGCUAAGGCGUAG